AUGUCGACUUCUCAAACGAUUCUCUUCCUCGGCGCAACCGGUGGCGUCUGCGGUGCUGCUCUCCAGCUCGCCCUCUCAGCCGGCAUCAACUGCGUUGCCGUAGUCAGGACGCCAGCAAAGCUGACUGACAAGUACCCUUCCAAAUCCAACCUCACCGUUAUCCAGGGAGAUGCCAAGAACAUGGCGGACGUGAAGCGUGCCCUCACCAAACCCGGCGAUGCGGCAUUACCCGGCCUGGUCGACGUCGUCGUCAGCUCCGUUGGAAGCUACCCAUCCCUGCGCAACUUUGGCGCCAACGAGGACCCGACGCUGUGCGAAGAGUCCAUGGCGGCUCUCUUGUCCGCUGUGGAAGAGCUUGUCGCUCAAGGCGGAGCGCAAAAGUUGUCGCCGCCGAGGGUCAUCGCCGUCAGCUCGACUGGCAUCUCCGACUUUGGUCGAGACGUACCCCUGGCAUUCGCGCCAUUGUACUACGUCAUGCUGGCCAGUGCGCACAAGGACAAGAAGAAGAUGGAGGCUCAACUAAUUGUCGACAAGGCCACUGGCAAGAAGACGCCACCAGCUGCCGGUGGCGCGAGGCCCGAGUUCACAGUCAUCAGGGGCAGCAUGUAUGUUGACGGCAAGGAUGACAGCAAGGCCAAACCGGUCCGUGUCGGUAUUGAAGACCCAUACAAGGGAAUUGAGUCGCAAGCAAUUGGAUACACCAUUUCGAGAGAAGACGUCGGCAAAUGGAUUUUCCACAACUUGCUCAGUGAUUCCACAGGGGCAAGGAGAUAUAUUAACAAAAUGGUAACAGUCACAUACUAG